UGUAUCUCUUCUUCUUUGACAUGGAGCCGACAUAACUCUUUACUGUGACAGCUCAUGCCAAUAUUUCUCCCUUUUUCUUUUCCUUCAAAUACAGCACACAACCCCAUCAAACAGACCGACUUGUUUUCAACAAUAUUUUACUCUCUUUUAGUUUUUACUCCUCCGACCGCCUUUCUUUCCCUGUUUCUCUCCCAUUUCCUCUUCAAAUCUCAGCUUACUCCUUUUUCAUAUAUACAGUUUCUGAAGUUUUAACAAACAUUCAAAGCUCCUACUUUAGUGCCUUCUACUCCUUAAUAUAUACAUUUUAGAAGGUGUUUUCUUGAUAUUGUCAGAAUGAAUAAACAAGAAAUGUUGAAGACACAGACUUGUGUUCUUAGAGUGAAUAUACACUGUGAUGGCUGCAAACAGAAAGUGAAGAAAAAACUGCAAAAGAUUGAAGGAGUUUACACAGUGAAGAUAGAUGUAGACCAAAGUAAAGUAACAGUAACAGGAAACGUUGAUCCAGCAACACUAGUAAAGAAGCUAGUGAAAUCAGGGAAACAUGCAGAGGUAUGGGGAGCACAAAAAGGAGGAGGUUCUAAUUUCAAUAUGAUGAACAAUCAGUUUCUGAACAUGCAAAUGGACAACCUCAAAGGUGGAAAAGACAACAAAUCUAAAAAGGGUGGUGGUGGGAAUAAGGAACAGCCAAAGGGGGGUGGGGGUGCACAACAGUUUCUUCAGAUGAUGCAAAACCUCAAAGGUUCAAAGGAUAAUUUCAAGAUGCCCAAUAUUCCUAAUGCCAAGGACCAAAAAUCUGUUAAGUUUAAUUUGCCCGAGGAUGAGUUUGAUGAUGAGUUUGAUGAUGAUUUUGACUAUGAUGAAGAUGAGUUUGAUGAUGAUUCUGAUGAUGGUUUUGACGACCGCCCAGCUGUCAAAAUGAUGCCUGUUAUGGGGGGUGGUCAUGGACCCCAUGGGAUUAAUGCAAAUUUAAAGGGUGGGGGUAUGAAUAAUAAUGGUGGAAAUGGCAAGAAAGGUGGUGGUGGUGGUGGGGUUGAAAUCCCUGUACAAAUGAAGGGUAUGGUUGGAAAUCAUCAUGAUGGUAAGAACAAUAAUGGAGGAAAACAGGGAAAGGGAGGGAAUCAGAAUCAAAGUGGUGGUAAAAAUGGUGGCAAAAAUGGAGGUGGUGGGGGUCUACCAGAUGGUAAAAAUGGAGGGGUAAAUGGUAAAGGUGACAAUAAUGGAGGUUUUGGAGGGAAGAAUGGUGGGGGAGGGAAGAUGGAUGGAGGCUUAAUGAUGAAUAGUAUGCAACAAGGACCUCAUGGGAUGAGUAUGGGCCAAAAAGGCGGAGGCCCGAUGAGUAUGGGCCCGAUGGGUAAUUAUCCGAUGGGCCAAAUGGGGCAGAAUAUGCCGGCAGCUCAAGGACUUCCCGCCUCCGGUGGGGCUGGGUAUUACCCCGGGAUGGGACAGGGCAACCCUUAUAGCCAACAACAACAGUACAUGGCACAAAUGAUGAUGAACCAGCAGCAACAACAGCGGCCAGCCGGAUAUGAUAUGUACGGCGCCCACCCAAUGAUGUACGCCCGGCCACAUCCUGCCGUGAAUUAUGGGCCGCCGAUGGGAGCUCCGGUGCAUGAUAAUUUUACUCAUAUGUUCAGUGAUGAGAAUACAGGCAGUUGUAGUAUCAUGUAAAUUGUUAAGAAGGUUGUACUGAACUUUGUUUUGGUCUCUCUUAUGAAAUGAUGAGCGAGUAUGCUUUUGUUUUUAGACAGCAA